AUGAAAACAUUUUUUACAGAAGUAGACAGUAAGAGUGAUUAAUCACAUUUGCGAGAAAUAAAUCACUUACUCAUGAGGCUAAAUUUAGAAUCUCCACGUACAUAGCUUGCCAUGAAAGAACUUAAUCUAACUAAAUAUGAUUGCUAACUUAAGUAAAAUAGUGCCCAAUUUAUCUUACAAGAACUUUGUCCAAUUUUUUACACUAUCAUCAUGAAUCGCGAACCAUGUACUUAAACCAUUUAUAAUAACUCAAAGGUAUUGAAAUUAUUAUAUAAUUAAAUUUAGAUAAUCUCUCGAAUAUAGUGCAUCGUAGAAGAGAAAUCAUAGGUCCAUCAGUAAAGAUUGUAUUAAGAACACCAAAAUAAUCUAAAUAAUAUAACUUUGUUAAAAAAAUUUUUGAUCAUGAUCUCAAAUAGCUAUAUUAAUCGGAACUAUAAAUAAAAGAAGCAUAAUAAAGGAAUACUGAUAAAAUUUAUAAGCAAGUUGAAGAGAAAUUGAAAUCUAUAUCUCAUAAAGCAAAGUAACAUAAUAGCAAAGUAGAACGAAAGUUAUCUUUAUUAAGAGAAAGAAGAAAACAUGAACUUGAUGAUAGAUUGAGUAAAAGUCUUGAUUUCGAUUCUAGAUUUGAACCUAUCUAGAAGACAUUAUAAGAAUCUAAAAUGAAAUUUCAAAUAAUGAUGUAAUCCAAAACUCAAUAAACUUUGGAUUAUCAUAGACAAAAAAAGAAAAAUAUUAUUGAAUAAGAUGAAUUAAGAAGAACUAAAUUACAAUAUUCCAUGGAAACUUCACAAAGAAGCACUUUUAUAAGAUAAGGAAUAGCUAGUCAAGAUAGAAUACAUUAAGCUUAAAUAAUUGAAUUAGAGUAAUAGAAUAAAGUCAUUUAGAAGAUAGGUAAUCAAGUUGAAAAAGCUACAUAAAUGACUAAUAAGAACUAGCAAGAAAUAUAAAAAGCACUUUAAAAAUUUAAAGAUGAAUAAGAUAGAAAAUUUAAUAAAGUACAUAAAAAUCUAAAUUCAAAAACUUAGAUGUAAUCUUAAAGAGAAAGCUUGAUUAAUUAAGAAUUAUAAGAAAAAAUAAUGUUCACUAGUGCAAAAGCUAAAUAAAGAUUGGAUGAUAUUCAAAAUAAAAUGAAAUAGGUUACUAUUUAAAAAUAAUAGAAAUAAUAAGAAUUGUUGAAUAAAUAUAUUAUCAAAAUGGAGAGAAGAAAUGAUAGAAUAAUGGAAAAACAUGUAAAACUUAGAGAAAAUCUUAAAAAAGGGCACAAAUCUAAUAAUAUAACUUAAUAAUAACAUCAGUUAGUGAUUGAGAAAGAUGAAUUGAAUUCUGAUAUUACAAAAGUCUAAAGAUUGGUAGUCAGUAAAUCAACUAAGAAUAUAUAAGAAUUACUCAAUAAUUUAAAAUUCAAUUGA